AUGGAGUUGAAAUUGUGAAUUUGAAAUUUCAGGAUAUAUUUAUUUAUGGCGACGUACAGCUUCCAUGGAAGCUGCUCAGAAUUAAUCCAACAACAACCUGAAUCAACUCUACAGACGCUUUAUCUGAUGACUCCUAAUUAUCAUCAUAAGCAUCACAGCCAAUCGCACCACCUUCAUCCCACCAGCAUGCUUAAUUCAGGGUUUCAGAACGGCUUGUUUAUUAAUAUGGGGUCCAAGUACUUGAAGGCGGCGCAGCAACUUCUCGAUGAGGUGGUGAACGUCGCCACUGAGGCCCCGCACGACGGCGGCGGAGAAGAGAUGAGAUCAUGUAAAGAGAAACUGGAGAGAUUGGGUGGAGUAGAGACUAAUGAGUUGAAUACUGCUCAAAGACAGGAACUCCAGAUGAAGAAGGCUAAACUUCUUAACAUGUUUGAUGAGGUGGAGCAAAGGUACAGACAAUACAACAACCAUAUGCAAAUAGUGGUUUCAUCGUUCGAGCAGGCGGUGGGGAUAGGAUCGGCAAAGUCUUACACGGGUUUGGCCUUACAGACCAUAUCGAAGCAGUUUCGGCGCCUGAAAGAUGAGAUAGGAACCCAGAUCAAGGCGGCAGCUAAUGGAUUAGGAGAGGAUGAUGAUGAUCACGAGCCUGCAGGGUCGGAAGGAGGGUCAAGGCUGAAGUAUGUGGAUCAUCAGCUCCGGCAACAAAGGGCGUUACAACAACUAGGAAUGAUGCCGCCGCCGCCGCCGCAUAAUGCUUGGAGGCACCAAAGAGGUUUGCCGGAAAAGGCCGUCUCUGUUCUUCGUGCAUGGCUCUUUGAACAUUUCCUUCAUCCAUAUCCUAAGGAUUCAGAUAAACACAUGCUUGCCAAACAAACAGGACUUACUAGGAGCCAGGUGUCGAACUGGUUCAUUAAUGCUAGGGUUCGAUUGUGGAAGCCGAUGGUCGAGGAAAUGUACUUGGAGGAGAUAAAACAACAUGAUCUAGAAAACAUCAAUGGAAAAAACAAAACAUUAAAUUGCACUAUUAAUGUUGGAGAACCAAACAUGGAAUUGGGAGGAAGCUCAAAAUCUAUUUCCUCAAAAAUUGAUCACCAUCAAACUACUCAAGCUAUUCAUGCCAAUAUCAACCCCUCUUUCCCAAACCAUUUGCCCAUUCAAAAUCUAGCCCCUAAAGAUCAAACAAUCCCAAAUAAGCCAAAGCCCUCAGAGAACAACAUUUUACGUAAUUCUUCCCCAAGUAGCAUUGAAAACCCUAAUGAGAAGAGAUACUCGUUCAUUACGGGCAAUAACAAUGACUUCGGGACUCGGUUUGAUCAUGAACAUUUGAUUGUUGAUCAUGCUUCGGGAGGAUUCAAUGGAAUCGGUGGCGUCUCUCUCACUCUUGGCCUUCCUCGUUGUCACGAGAGCCUCUCCCGACACAACUUACUCUCGGACGAGGGAAUCAUGGGCGUCGUCCAAACGAGUCAUUAUGGGGGCAUGGGUACUACUAGUGCAUCACCUCCCCAUUCAAGCAAUGGAUAUGAGGCUAUGGACAUUGAUAAUAGUAAGAGGUUUGUUGCUCCAUUGUUGCCAAAUUUUGUUAUUUGAAUGAAGGAAAAUGAACAUAUUUGUAUUGCUUAGUGUAAUUAAAGGUGGAAAGAACUAGCUAGCUAGAGCACUAUAUAUUAUUUUAUAGCUAUGUAUAGUUUAAUUAAGCUUAAGUAAAAGAUUGGAGAUUGUGUAAUAAUGCUGAGUACAUCAUGUUAUAUUAUUAAAUAUAUUGAUAUUGGAAUUUACUCUCAAUCA